UACACUUACACUAAUGUACCACAUAGAAGCUUUCCCAUAUGUUGACGUCACAGUACUAAUUGUUGCUAUUCUUUUGGCUGCUGCUUGCGCUCAACAUGACACUGGCUAUUCCGCUCCCUCUGACCCAAAGCCUGCGAAGUACAGCUUCAACUAUCAAGUGCAAAACGACCCGACCAAGAACGACUUCGGUCAUCAGGAGGCCCGCGACGGCCCUGACACGCAGGGGUCGUACCAGGUGCAGCUUCCCGACGGUCGCCUGCAGAAGGUCUCCUACACCGUGAGCGUGGACUCCGGAUACGUGGCGGAUGUGAUGUACGAAGGCGAGGCUCAGUAUCAGGCCGAAAGCACCCCUGGCUAUGCCUGA